AUGUCUCAGCUUAUGGUUACUCCCAUCGGAAACACCCACCCGCACCUCUUGGUCCCCGUCCCUCCCAGAAAUCCACGUAACACUGGAGGCUCAUGUGAUCAAAUUCCAUGGAGAAACUUCAUCAUACGCAUGCUCUCCGCGCGAGCUGGUGACCAUGACGUCGGCGGGAUAUGCAUGGCUCUCUCGGGCAUCUUUGCAUCAGCCAUGACUGAGAAGCUUAGUCGGGGGCAGUCUGAUUCCAACAGGCUCUACACAACACACAAAACGUACCCCAAGAGGUGGAACUGGAAGACAAAGCGGCUCUUCAAAUGCACGUAUGACUUGAGCCAGGCAUCUGGACGAGUCAUGAGUGAUUGCUGUCCAUCUUCAGCAUCUGCCCAGAUUGAGGGCAUUGUCCUCGACAAGCCAACGGGUACCUGGAAUACCUGGACGGCACAACGUAGGUAUCUCUCUACUCGAGUCCUGCAACUGCCUGCUCUCGAUGUUGCCAUCCUGCCGCUAUUCACGUCUUACACUCUUGUAUCCAACUGUUCCAUCAAUACCCCAGUCCACGUAUCUUCAGAUCACUUCCAGCCAGGCGUCUCCAGCAGCAGGCGCUUGGCUGCCGGGCACAUCCACGAUCAGACUCUGCCAAUCGACAAACCUCAUCACAUUCCACACGCUGCAUGUUUAGCAAGUGGCACAGCAGAUCAGAGCUUAAGCUCAAAUAGCGGUCUUUCCACAGCGCCUACUGGCAACAUGCCCAAAGGAGGCACAUAUGCGCUGUCGACAGUGUCUCACGCAAGGCUUCACUUCCAUGGUGGUGGUGGAUGGGGGGAAUGGAAGACGACGGGAAAUCCACCCUUGCUUAUACUUGAAGCUCUCAUCUUCUCUGAGAACCAACAGCCCUUCUGA